CUCUUCUUUAUGAGGGCUGCGAAGACACAGAACUCUGGAGGCUUUUUGAAUCAGGCUGUAACGUUCCUCUCAACUCGUCGAGUCGGCUUUUGUGCUUCUCCGUUCAUCGUUUAGCGUCUGUUUUUGUACAACCCUUUGUGCUAUCAUUUGAAGAGGUUUUGAUAUAGUAGGAUGAAGCUAUUUUGGAUGGGGGUCAUUCCUACAAGGAGAACUCGGUUUGUGCUUUUGAGUUUUGUUUUGAAUCUGUUAUUUCCUUGCAACUCCAGCCCAGACCUGAGCCUGCAAUGUCGAAUGAUACCCAAUACUAUGCCUGUGCUGGAGAAAAAGGGGGACAUCAUUUUGGGGGGCCUCUUUUCCCUUCAUGACAUGGUGGAGGAGCAAAGUUUGCCUUUCACCUCCCACCCUCCUAAAAGUAAAUGCACCAGAUUCAAUUUCCGAACUUUCCGCUGGAUGCAAACUAUGAUCUUUGCAAUCGAAGAGGUCAACAAGGAGGGGAAGCUUCUUCCGAACAUCACAGUCGGAUACAAGAUCUAUGAUUCAUGCAGCACACCGCAUCAGGCGUUGAAGGCUGCCAUGGAACUAAUGGGGGGUGAGAAGAGCUCAGAGGUUGGAGAAAAGACUCAGAGGAAUAGCACUUGCAAUGAAAGCGUGCCGCUGGUGAUAGGAGACGGAGGCUCCACUCAGUCUCUCGUUGUGGCUCGUUUCCUUGGCGUCUUCACCGUGCCACAAAUCAGCUAUUUCUCCAGCUGUGCCUGUCUGAGUGACAAAAAGCAGUUUCCUGCCUUCCUAAGGACCAUGCCGAGUGACUUCUUCCAGGUAGACGCUCUGGUUCAGCUCGUUAAACAUUUUGGCUGGACGUGGGUUGGUGUGAUUGCAGGUGAUGAUGCCUACGGUCGUGGCGGGGCAAACAUUUUUGCUAAUGAGGUGGGUCAAUCAGUUAUGAAUACAAGUAUGAAUAUUUUGUUUUGCGAGCUAAUGUUAAAAUAUAGCUCACUAUGGAUCUUGUGGGGUUUUUUUUUCUUCUCUCAGGUCACAAAUUUGGGUGUUUGUAUUGCCUUUCAUAGGAUUAUCCCUAAGAACAGACAGCAGGCGGAAAUUUUAUCCAUCAUUUCCGUCAUCCGCCUGUCUGGGGCAAAGGUGAUUCUCGUAUUUGCUGUGGAACAAGAUGCGGCGGCGUUGUUUGACGAAGUACAAAGAAGCGAGCUCACUGGGAUACAGUGGUUAGCCAGUGAAGCUUGGAGCACAGCAGCUGUACUUUCCACCCCCGAAAAGUACCACCACAUCCUCCAGGGUACGGUUGGCUUUGCCAUUCAGCAGGCAAACAUUCCGGGAUUGCGAGACUUUCUGCUUCGCUUGAAUCCGUCAAGAUCGGAUGGCCAGACGGAUCCCUUCCUUGUGUCCUUCUGGGAAGAGGUGUUUCAGUGCAGCCUGGGUGUUCAAACUGAAAGUCGGGAAAAGGAAGGUGAAAGUAAGCCUCCAUGCUCUGGAAAGGAAGACCUUGGGAAUGUGACGAAUAUCUAUUCGGAUGUAUCACAGCUGAGGAUUUCCUACAACGUCUAUAAAGCGGUGUAUGCUGUCGCCUAUGCUCUUAAGGCAAUGAAAAGCUGUGUGAAAGGAGAAGGACCUUUUUUUCAGAGGUCUUGUGCAGAUCCAGAUGUUAUUCAGCCUUGGCAGCUACUUCAUUACCUAAAGCAAGUGCAGUACUUGAAUUCAUUUGCAAGUGAAAUUAAAUUCGACGAGAAUGGCGACCCUGCAGCCAUGUACGAUCUCGUUAACUGGCAGAUGAAUCCAAAUGGGAAAAUUGAGUUCAUCAACAUUGGCAAAUUUGAUGGCAUGACCGGAGACAUUAAACAAAAACUUUACAUCCAUGAAGACAUCAUUUUGUGGAAUGGCAACCGAACCAGGGUUCCCUCAUCAGUAUGUAGCACUAUUUGUCCUCCAGGCACACGGAAGGCGAUGAGACCCAGCUUUCCUGUUUGCUGCUAUGACUGUGUGGCUUGUACAGCGGGGAAGAUCAGCAAUCUCUCUGACGCCAUAGAGUGUGCACAGUGCCCACCGGAGUUCUGGUCCAAUGCUGAAAGGACCGCGUGCAUCCCCAAACGGGUGGAGUUCCUCUCCUUUAGAGACACCAUGGGCAUCACCCUGGUUGCCAUUUCUUUCAUCGGCUCGUUCAGCACUUGCAUUGUGGUCCUGAUAUUUUUCUGCAAUAGAACCACACCCAUUGUCAGAGCUAACAACUCGGCGCUGAGCUUCCUGUUGCUCCUAUCCUUGACUCUAUGUUUCUUGUGUUCUCUGACCUUUAUUGGCCAGCCAUCCAAGUGGUCCUGCAUGCUGCGCCACACAGCGUUUGGGAUCAGCUUUGUGCUCUGUAUCUCCUGCAUCCUAGGGAAGACAUUAGUGGUGCUGGUAGCCUUCAAUGCAAAACUUCCAGGCAGCAAUGUCAUUAAAUGGUUUGGACCCUCACAGCAAAAAGCAAUCAUCGCUAUUUGUACCGUAACCCAGGUCCUUAUUUGUACUGUGUGGCUGCUCGUUGCGCCCCCUGCUCCACGCCAACUGAUGCCACGUGAGGAAGACUUUAUCAUUCUCUUAUGUGACGAAGGCUCAUACAUUGCAUUCGCUUUGGUGCUGAGCUACAUCGGGCUCCUGGCGGUCCUCUGUCUUUUCUUGGCCUUCCUGGCCAGGAAGCUUCCCGACAGCUUCAACGAGGCUAGACUCAUCACUUUCAGUAUGCUGAUAUUCUGUGCCGUUUGGAUAGCAUUUAUUCCCGCCUACAUCAGCUCUCCGGGGAAGUACGCAACAGUCACAGAAGUGUUUGCAAUCCUGGCCUCCAGUUAUGGACUGCUGGGUUGCAUCUUUGCCCCAAAGUGUUACAUGAUCCUGCUCAGGCCAGAAAAGAACACAAGGAAACACUUGAUGUCCAAAGCUCCCUCUAGCAAAUUUUAGAUUUUAAACAUCUCGUUUCAUCUCCUAGCCCUAAAAAAAAAAAGAAAAGAAAAGAAAGUGCUUGUGGAUAUAUUUUGCCACCAGAUGGUAGCAGUGAGCUAUUAAGAUCAAUUUAAGCUCUGGCUUAGAAAAAUAAAACCAGGAAUUUCCUUC